AUGAAGAUCUCAAAAACCUCGUCGCUAGUGAUGAUACUUCUUGCAAUCAUGUUAUGUUUCUUGCGGGCCAAGUCACAAGGAGUUUACUGUAGCAACCCUUACCAACUAUGCUUCCAGAAGUAUAUAAUGUGUCCAGAAGAAUGCCCUAGCACCGGUGCCGCAACUAUGAACAAAGUCUGUUACGUAGACUGUCGUAACCCUUUAUGCAACUCCGAGUGUCACAGGGUGGGUCUAAAUUGCAAUAGACCUGGAUCAGCUUGUCACGACCACAGGUUUAUAGGUGGUGAUGGAAUUGUGUUCUAUUUCCAUGGAAAGAGCAAUGAACAUUUUAGCCUUGUCUCGGACCUUGACUUUCAGAUCAAUGCUAGGUUUACUGGCCAUCGACCCGCUGGUCGUUCUAGAGACUUCACUUGGAUCCAAGCUCUAGGCUUCCUCUUCAAGUCUCAUAAGUUUUCCAUUGAGGUUACCAAAGUAGCCACAUGGGACGAUAGCAUCGACCAUCUCAGAUUCUCUUUCAACGGCCAAGAUUUAGUUAUCCGCGAGGAUAUUCUCUCCACAUGGUAUUCGCCCGAAAAGGACAUUAAGAUUGAGAGAGCGACAAAGAUGAACAGCGUGAGCGUGACAAUAAAAGACAAAGCAGAGAUCAUGGUCAAUGUGGUUCCUGUGACUAAAAAAGACGAUAGGAUCCACAACUACAAAGUACCUUCGGAUGACUGUUUUGUGCAUCUCGAGGUUCAGUUCAAGUCUUUUAACCUAUCCCCAAAAGUCGAUGGAAUCUUGGGACGCACUUAUAGACCCAAUUUCCAAAAUCCGGCUAAGCCUGGAGUCGCAAUGCCAAUGGUUGGUGGUGAGGAUAACUUCAGGAUAUCUUUUCUACUCUCUCAUGACUGUAAGACUUGCAUUUUUGGGAACAGGAAUUGA